GCGCGAGAAUCAUGCGAGACAACCAGAAAGUUCUGCACUAGUACACUUGAGCCCAAUGAGUGCGCAUGCACCAUCCAUGAUUUGCCCAUUGCUCCAUCUACUAACCUCAGGCACUCUUCCCCAGUCAACAAAGAGUGUCCUUUCCUCGAAACACGGACAAGAUUCCUACAGUUCGCCACUGGCGCUGACCAGUGUCGUUGGUCGCUCCACGCCACAAGGAUUGACCUGGGUACAGAGGAAGCAUCUGCUCAGUAUGCUCUCGGAAUAGACCCACGAACUUGCCCAAUUCCGCGACAUGCACUACAGUGUCUGAUAUUGUUCUGAAC